AUGGAGUAUAUAUACAAGGUCUUUGGAGAGAAGGCCAUCAUGAGAAUCCUCAUGGUGGGGUUAGAUGGAGCAGGUAAGACCACGAUCCUAUACAAGCUGAAACUCGGAGAAGUAGUGACCACGAUACCCACCAUUGGUUUCAAUGUAGAGACCACGGAGUAUCAGAACGUCAGUUUUACAGUGUUUGAUGUCGGCGGUCAAGACAAGCUCAGACCUCUCUGGAAACAUUAUUAUACAAACACUCAGGGAAUCAUCUUCGUAGUGGACAGUAACGACAAAGAACGUUUAAUAGAGGCUCGGAAGGAGUUAGAACGAAUGACCCAAGAAGAUGAGCUGAGAGACGCUAUCCUUCUCGUGUUCGCCAACAAAAAGGAUCUUACCUCAGCUUGUUCUGUUGCCGAUGUGACUGACGCACUUGGUCUCCAGGGAAUGAAGAACAGGCAGUGGCACAUCCAAGCAACCUGCGCAACCUCUGGUGACGGUCUCUACGAGGGAUUUGACUGGCUCUCCGCCAGAAUGGUCAACAGCUAAAUCACAGCUUUUAUCUAUUAGUGCAAUCUAAGCCCCCGAAACGCAUUUGUUUGUUAAACCGAAGACUGUAUUCCUAGAUAAAACAGAUUAGUUUGAGCGUGAUUUUCUUUUUCAGAAGAAUGUUAUAGUCCAUCAUACUUAAAUAGUUAAACAGAUUAUCUCUUUGGAUCACAAAAUAAAUUACGGUGAGCACCUCAAUUUGCCCUUUUUUUACGAAUUCAGAUGAAACUAUUACUUAUCACAUUGGUAGUUGGGUUACCGUUCUUGAUAGGCCAUCCUUUUACGAUUUACAGCGUUAACUUUUGUGGGCCAUGUUAAGUUUAAAGCGAAGUGUUCUGAUUUCUUUAAAUGAGGAACUUGGUAAUAAUCUAUAAAAUCUAUAAAAUAAUAGAGCAUAGUGAGUUCUUCGCAAUGUUGAUCUGUAUAAUAAUUCUAUGUAGAUAAAUUUGAUAUUAUAAAUAAUACGUAAUAAUGCCCGCUCAGUGCAGUGCACGGCGGGACAAUCAUUAUUCAUUUUUGAAUUAGACAUUCUGGGAUCUGUUUUUUUAUCGCAUUGUUAGUUCAAAUUAAUCGGGCAGUUAGUUAGGGUAGUGACGUCACAUUUCGUGCUUUAAUCUGAGAAAAUUGUGUUUACAACGGCACCCCCAACUUAUGUUUCUGUUUGAUUGUAAGUUUCAGUUUGAAUUUAUUUAUUUUUGAUUUUAUGACAAGAUAGACGAGAAAGAACUUUGUCAAUAUAGACAGUUUAGAUUUGAACUUGGAGCCACAAGGCCAAGGGUGAAUUUCAAAAUAUUGAGUUUUUAAAGGGUUAUUUUUAUAUAGGGUCAUUGUGACAUUAUGUGUAUACUGUUUGAAAAAUUUGUAUAUUCUUUUAUGACAA